GUAAGAGAGCGGGAAUAUGAGUGGAAGAGGGAAAACCGGGGGCAAGGCUAGGGCGAAGGCCAAGACUCGUUCUUCCAGGGCUGGACUUCAGUUCCCCGUGGGCCGUGUACACAGGCUGCUGCGUAAAGGCAACUAUGCUCAGCGUGUUGGCGCUGGUGCACCGGUCUACUUGGCCGCUGUGCUCGAGUAUCUGACGGCUGAGAUCCUUGAGUUGGCCGGUAACGCUGCCCGUGACAACAAGAAGACCCGUAUCAUUCCCCGCCAUUUGCAGCUGGCUGUCCGUAACGACGAGGAGUUGAACAAGCUGCUCGGCGGAGUGACUAUUGCUCAGGGUGGUGUGCUGCCUAACAUCCAGGCUGUGCUGCUGCCCAAGAAGACCGAGAAGUCCAAGUAA